CAUUGUGAGGAAAAAUAAAAUCGAAUAAAAUCGUGAGUAAAAUUAGUUGGUUUAUUAGUUUUCUGUUGGAAGCAGACUCAAAUCAAUGUAGCUUAUUACAAUUUAACUCUUUACAAAUAGAAUGAUGGAAAUUCGGUACUUGGAAUACUACAUAAUUAGUAUUUGACUAGCCAUUUAAGAAAUUAACCUACAUACUUUAGAUUCUGAUUUCACUUUUACUGCAACAUAGUGUAACACAAUCAUAUUUCCUUUAAACGUAACAUCAAAGUAUGGGUAAUAUUUUAAUUCAAAAGGUAAUACCUACUUGCUAGUGAUUUUUUUUCUGUGCUUAUCGAACAUAAAAAUACGGUCCAAAUUUGUAUAUCAUUUUAUUGUUACUUUAGUUUUAACUAAUUAGCUUAAUUUUUGCUGACAAUUUAUUAUUGAUCACAUAAAUACAGAAUUUCACCGCAAAAAAUUAAUUACUUUGUGAGAUUCUUUGUGAAUAGCAAGAAACAAGCUCCCGAUUGUGCAAAAUGUCGGAUUCUGAGUACGCAUCCAGCAUUGAAGACGUGGCCCCAUUAGAGGUGGUGCCACCACCGCGCUCGAGCAAGAGCAAGUCCAAAACCAGCGCGUCGACCUCAACCGCUUCUACGCCUGCGCCUAAGCCGAGGAAGCGAAAGCCUGCCGCCCAUUCCGUUGCGAACGUUGAAGCCCUAACUAGACCAAAGAAAACGAAGAGUUUGUUUUCAAUCAUUAAUAAGGACGAGCGGGCAAGUGCGAAGGAGACAACUCGUAGCAUCGCAUCGAGCUUUACAUCGCGGGUGUCUUCGGGCCAGUGUCGUCGGACUGCAGUCACCAGCGGCGAGUUCUACAUAGAUUUGAAAGUCUACAACACCGACGAUGUUAAGAACGUUCCACCCGAGGAGCGUUACAAGAAAGCGCUUGCAGCGGUAAAACUCCAAUGCGGUGAACAAUCCCAGGAGUGGGAGGCUCUACAAAGGUUUAUAAGUAGCGCUUACAAAAUGACUGACGUAUAUGAUGAUUUUCCUCAAUACGCUCAAGACCCGUUACAACAGUUCACUCAGCAAUACAAAGAUUUAUUUGGGGUGGAAUCGACGCAAAUUGAUCAAAAACGUAAAAAACGAGUUUCUCCAAAAAAUAAUAAGCGGAUAACUCCAAAAUCUUUUGUGGUGUGUAACGAACAGAAAGGCUUCAAAAUGAUCCAGAUAAAGGUGGUGGACCUGGUCUGCGAGCGUGACCGAGCAAAUUCGAACUCAUCAUCAUCUACGUCAGAUGCUGACAGCGAGUGCGUGUUACUUAGUGCCCAAUACGUAGUCCAUGACGCAGUGGACGAAAUAAUGGAUAUGACAGAAUGUGUAAUUAAGAAGAUAUCAAAAAAGUUAACUGGUUCUAACUUUUAA